UCACCGUCUGAACAAAGCCAAAGGCAUUGUUCACGCUCAUUCGUCCAGAUUUUACUGGCUGAUGAUCAACUUGAGCUUAGUGGUGACCGCGGAUUGGCGACGCGCCUGCGCGACUGCCCUUUCCAUCACGCCUGCCGCUAGUCGCCGCCAACAGCUAUCGUCACUUCGCUUCCUUCCCCAUAACUCCGCCUUUUCUUUCCACUUCGACAUUCCACCGCAGUGCAACUUCUCCUCACUGCGCUCACAUUCCCUCCGUCCUUUCCACUUCGUUGCUGCUAAUUGCAAGCUGCUAAUCUAGUUUGCAUCUUCUGCGUUUCUUCUCCGCUUCUUCAUCUACUUGGCCAUAUACGUCGCCAACGGAGUAUCAUCGAGCAGCUGUGUCUUGCAUAUUAUCUUCGCAUCUGCCCAGUCACCUCAGACUACGCACAUCUCUCGAAUCUCUUUCAUCUACCUGCACCUCGCCGCCAGCAACCAUGGCCUUCAAUAUAACUUCAGACGGCUCGCCUACCCCACGCAAGGGUCCCACCCGGUUCAACAUGCCUCCUGGAGACCUGAGAGUCAACACUUCACCAGAGGUACUGGGCCAGAUCAAUGGCAUCAGCCAGAACUACUACCCUUUCGGCCUUCAUCCUUCCUUUGGCUCGUCGUUGACAUCCAAUCUGCAGGGUCUCAAGCGGCCACUCGGUACUUCCACCACCAUGGGCAAUGUUGCCAUGCCUUCGAUGCCGCAGCAGCAGCAGCAGCAGCAACAGAACUUUGGUGGCUUCAAGAACAAAAGUGACCACUAUCAAGACACUUCAGUCAUGGACUCGCUCCUGCAGCGUCUCAAUGAGCGAUCGUCGCCUGAUGACCCCUACAAAUCCUCCAGCAGCUCCGUUCCAAUCACACCAGCUACCGAGGACUACGCAAGCACCCCACCUACCAUGUCUUCGGCAAAUUCAUCUGUUCUCGUCAACGCUGUGGAGCUGCAGAAGAUUAGGGACGAGCUACAGGCGGCUAAGGACGAGAUCGCUCGCAUGAAUCAAGAUGCGCACAGUCAUCUAGUCGCCAGAUCUACGAUGGAGCAUCUCAGCCAGUCGUCCGAAGCUGACUACGGUUACGUCGGCGAGGUUACGGAGCAGACCCUUACGCAGUUGCAGAACAACUUCAACGCCUCAACUCGUGUCAACGAUGGAUGGGGUAAUGAUGCAGCUCGCCCAUCGUACAACACGAACAGCAGCUUUGGAUCUCAGUAUCAAGGUCAAGCACAGGCUCAGGCCCGGCCCCCAGUCCCAAUCGGACAGCCAACAGCACGACGCGGCAACAGCUACCUCAAUGAGCCAACCCAUUUCCCUCUUGAUCAGGGCUUCCGCGGUGGUGGCCUGAACAACGGCAUGGGCAGUUUCAUGGGAAAUGGGAUGGGCACUGGCUUCAACACUGGCUACAACAACAGCAUGAACAAUCCGCCAAGCCGCCCUGACUCCGCUUUCGAUCCGGCCUACAACCAGUACGGAGUCCCGCCUAUGCAAGCUGCGAACUACCCUGCUCCGAUUGGAACUAUCGGUGGAAGCAGGCUGUCUCCUGUCGCAAACGAGUUCGAUGUGUCGACUGGCAUGGGUCCAUCACCAUGGAACUCUCAGGCUCCUAGUGAGGCUGGUGGUUCGCAAUACAUGCCUCCUGUUGAGCCCAUGAACUACCGUCGGCUGCUAGAUCGCAACAUGAGCUGCAACUGGAAGUACAUUGUAGACAAGAUCAUCUGCAACAAUGACCAGCAAGCUUCGAUCUUCCUCCAGCAGAAGCUCAAGGUCGGUACACCGGACCAGAAGUACGACAUCGUCGAAGCUAUCAUCGCUCAAGCCUACUCCCUGAUGAUCAACCGCUUCGGUAACUUUCUGGUUCAACGCUGCUUCGAGCAUGGUACACCUGACCAGAUCAUCGCUAUUGCUCAAGCGAUCCGUGGCAACACGCUCGCUCUCAGCAUGGACGCUUUCGGAUGCCACGUCAUUCAGAAGGCUUUCGACUGCGUUCCUGAAGAGUACAAGGCCACCAUGGUCCACGAAUUGCUGCGCCGUAUUCCAGAGACCGUGAUCCAUCGCUAUGCCUGCCAUGUCUGGCAGAAGCUAUUCGAGCUUCGCUGGAGCGACUCUCCGCCUCAGAUCAUGCGCUAUGUCAACGAGGCGCUCCGAGGCAUGUGGCAUGAAGUCGCUCUUGGUGAGACCGGCAGUCUGGUCGUGCAGAACAUCUUCGAGAACUGUCUGGAAGAGGACAAGCGUCCUUGCAUCAACGAAGUUCUUGCUAGUAUCGAUGUUAUCGCUCACGGCCAAUUCGGCAACUGGUGCAUCCAGCACAUCUGCGAGCACGGUGCUCCCGCCGAUCGUAGUCGCGCCGUCGACCAUAUCCUCCGCUUCGCGACCGAAUACAGCAUGGAUCAGUACGCCUCCAAGGUUAUUGAGAAGUGUCUCAAGAUUGGUAACACUGAGUUCCUGGACCGGUACCUGGAGCGCGUCUGCGAAGGUCGCCCUGAUCGCCCUCGCAUGCCCCUGAUUGACAUUGCCGGAGAUCAGUUUGGAAACUACCUCAUCCAGUACAUCUUGACCAACAGCAGCGCGCAGCACCGUGAGAUUGUUGGCAGCCACAUCCGCAAGCACAUGGUCUCCCUCCGCGGUUCUAAGUACGGCUCGCGCGUCGCCAUGUUAUGCUGCAACCCCGCCGUCACUACACGUCCGGGUCCGCCCGCUGGUAUGGUUCCUCGAUACAGCAACAACCCCGUCCCUCGUACCGCCACCUUUCCUGGCACCUUCCGUUGA